UCAGGCUUCUUCUCUCUCGACGCUGCUGCGGCUGAAGGGGAAACUAGAGAGGGCCGCCUCCGGAGGAGGAGGAGGAAGGGCCCCAGACGCCGCGCUCCGACCAGGGAACCAUGGAGCCACGGAGGCAUCCGGGGCAGCGUCCUCGUCGUCGGCGCCUUCUCCUUCUCCUCAGCCCGGGCGCUUGGCUGCCCAUGCUCCUCCUGCUCCUGGGGCCCCGGAACUUUGGAAAUGCCAAUUCAGUGACUCUGCCAGAGACGUUGUUGUUUGUUUCAACUCUUGACGGGAGUUUGCAUGCAGUUAGCAAGAGGACAGGGUCAAUUAAGUGGACAUUAAAAGAAGAUCCUGUGCUUCAAGUGCCGUUACAUGUGGAAGAUCCUAGACCAGCCUUUCUUCCUGAUCCUAAUGAUGGAAGCCUGUAUACACUUGGUGGCAAGAAUAACGAAGGCUUGACUAAACUGCCAUUCACCAUCCCUGAACUAGUCCAAGCAUCUCCUUGCCGCAGUUCGGAUGGAAUUCUGUACAUGGGGAAGAAGCAGGAUAGCUGGUAUGUGGUAGACCUUGCAACUGGGGAAAAACAGCAGACUUUAACUUCUUCAUUUGCUGAAAGCCUCUGCCCAUCUACAUCUCUCCUGUAUCUUGGCCGAACAGAAUAUACCAUCACCAUGUAUGAUACCAAGAGUAAAGAGGUCCGCUGGAAUGCUACUUAUUUUGAUUAUGCAGCAACCUUGCCUGAUGAAGACGUCCAAUAUAAGAUGUCUCACUUUGCGUCUAAUGGAGAUGGGCUGGUGGUGACUGUUGACAGUGAGUCAGGGGACAUCUUGUGGCUCCAGAAUUAUGGCUCCCCUGUUGUAGCUUUUUACAUCUGGCAGCGGGAAGGCUUGUGGAAAGUGAUGCACACAAAUGUGGGGGUAGAAACACUGCGCUACCUAACAUUCAUGUCUGGUGAAGUUGGACGCAUCACUAAGUGGAAGUAUCCAUUCCCAAAAGAAACAGAGGCCAAAAGUAAAUUGAUGCCAACGCUCUAUGUCGGCAAACAUUCCACAGGCUUGUAUGCAUCGCCAUCAAUGGUUCAUGAAGGAGUAGCUAUUAUGCCCCGAGGAAGUCCCAUACCUCUGAUUGAGGGUCCGAAAACACAUGGUGUCACCAUUGAAGAGUGCGUUAUCACUCCAAGUACUGAUCUGAAGUUCUCAUCUGGAUUUAAACAAAAGAACAGUCUCCACUAUUUGAGAAAUCACUGGCUUUUAAUAGGGCACCAUGAGACACCAUUAUCGGCUCCAACCAAGAUCCUGGAGAAAUUUCCAAGUAAUUUGCCAAAGCGACAUGAAAAUGUGAUCCCAGCAGAAUCUGACAAAGCUGCUUUUGAAGAGGCAAUUGAUAUAACUGGGAGUUCUACAAACAAUUUACCUCCUCCUCUGCCAAAGAAUAAUGGAGAGACCCCCAGCCAGACUAGCCUCCGACCAGAGGCUCCUGUUGACUCCGUUCUGAAGGACAUGGCCACAGUCGUCCUGAGCACCUUCUUACUCAUUGGCUGGGUGGCCUUUGUCAUCACAUAUCCAAUGAGUGUACGUCAUCAGCAACAGCGACAACAUCAGCAGUUCCAGAAACAGCUGGAAGAGAAGAUACAGUCACUGAAGCAGCAGCCCUUCAUUCCCUCCACAGAUUUGCACCCUGAAGGAGAAUUUUUUGAUAGUCCAUCCACCCGGCUACAGGGCUCAGCCACCAGCUCCCCAAACCUGUCCCCCAAAGUAUCAAACCAUUCUGCAUAUUCCAAUGUCUCUGCCUCUGAUGGGGGAAGCUGCCUUUCCACUGAACAAGAAGAAGAUAGGAACACAAACACCAUAGUGGUUGGAAAGAUUUCAUUCAACCCAAAAGAUGUGCUUGGACAUGGAGCUGAAGGAACCAUUGUUUAUAGGGGGACAUUUGACAGCCGAGAUGUUGCUGUGAAGAGAAUUCUCCCUGAAUGUUUCAGCUUUGCUGACCGGGAGGUGCAGCUGUUGAGAGAAUCUGAUGAGCAUCCCAAUGUCAUCCGCUAUUUCUGUACAGAAAAGGACCGGCAAUUCCAAUACAUAGCUCUGGAGCUUUGUGCUGCCACUUUACAAGAGUAUGUGGAACAGAAGGACUUUACUCACCAUGAUUUGCAACCAAUCACCCUCUUGCAGCAGACAAUGUCUGGUCUUGCUUAUCUACAUUCUCUCAAUAUUGUCCACAGAGAUCUGAAACCCCACAACAUCCUUAUUUCUAUGCCUAACGCCCAUGGCAAAGUCAAAGCCAUGAUUUCAGAUUUUGGCCUGUGUAAGAAGCUCGCAGUAGGCAGACACAGUUUUAGUCGUCGGUCUGGAGUACCAGGCACUGAAGGCUGGAUUGCACCAGAAAUACUGAGUGAAGACUGCAAAGAGAAUCCUACACAUACAGUAGAUAUUUUUUCAGCUGGAUGCGUCUUCUAUUACGUGGUAUCUGAAGGCAGCCAUCCAUUUGGCAAAUCCCUGCAGCGGCAAGCCAACAUUUUGCUUGGUACCUACAGCCUGGAUUUCUUGAAUCCAGAAAAACAUGAGGACAUAGUAGCUCGUGACUUAAUAGAGCAAAUGAUAAGUACAGAUCCUCAAAAACGGCCGUCCGCUAACUGUGUACUAAAGCAUCCAUUUUUCUGGAGUUUAGAGAAGCAGCUCCAGUUUUUUCAGGAUGUGAGUGAUCGAAUAGAAAAAGAAUCCUUAGAUGGUCUAAUCGUCAAGGAGCUAGAGAAAGGAGGAAGAGCGGUGGUGAAUAUGGACUGGAGAGAGCACAUCACUGUUCCUCUACAGACAGAUCUUCGAAAAUUCCGAUCCUAUAAAGGAGGAUCCGUCAGAGAUCUCUUGCGGGCAAUGAGAAAUAAGAAACACCACUAUAGAGAACUGCCCCCAGAGGUGCAGGAGACCCUGGGUUCUGUCCCUGAUGAUUUUGUUCAUUACUUUACAUUGCGUUUCCCUCACCUUCUUCUACACACCUACCAUGCUAUGCAAAUCUGCUGCCAGGAAAGACUAUUCCAACCUUACUAUAUGCAGGACUCCAAUGGGCACAAUUUCCCUGCAGAUGCUGUUUGAAAGACGGAGGCUCCUUGUUCUUUACACAUGCAGGGCUGUGGAACAGGCCUGUCCAUAACAGGGUGACUAGCAGGAUUGUCAAAGACCGGGAAGCCUCUUUGAGAGAUCCAGAAUUACCCAAUGUGCCUUGUGCUCUGCCUGCUCUAACUCAGGAAAUAGACUCCAGGUUGGAAUCCAAGGAAGGAGACUAGGUAACUUGCACACAGCUUUAUAUUACAGAAGUGAGGAGUGAACAAAAGGCAGCUCCUGUAAAGAAAAGUGAAGUGGAAUACAAAGUAGUUCAAUUUGACAAAUGUGUCAUCAUGAUCCUGGAAAUACGUACACUGUGUACUCUUUUUAUACUGGCAUUCAGGCAAUGUUACUGCACAGAAUCAUUUAAAAAAAACAUUGAGAAGCAUUAACUUUGCCAAGCACCUUCAGGAGUUCAAGAAGGACCCUUUUAACUGUAGCAUAUGCUGUUUUUGGCCACUGCCAUGUUGUGCACUUGAAGCAGAUGCAAGAAUGAGUGAUUGUUAAUGGGAAUAUAAGAUUUAAACAUUCAAGACCCUGUAACUGUCCAGGAGAGAAGUAUAGUAUAGAAAUUAUAUAUAUAUAUAUAUAUAUAUA